ACGGUCCGUCAAAUCCCGAUGUCCUACCAGCACUCAGUCUGGCCGCAAUUUUUCCAAUACACGGAAUAACUCUUAAUCGACCGUCCCGAAAUGAUGUCGUCCUUCCAGCAGCAGCGUUUUCUAAUUCUCUUGUCGAGUGCCGUUCUGAUUAUUGCGUCGUCGUCGAGUGCUGCUGAUGCCCAGCAAGAAAUAAUCCAGUCCAUCAUCCACCGUGAAAAUGAUAAUGUGCAGGAGGCGUUGCUCCUGUCCCGACUUGAUGGAAUGGAAGCCAAACUUGUCGAUCAAGAAUUGCGACUUGCUAAUGCCGCCAAUGAAAUCGUUUGGCUGAAACAACAAAUCAGCCGACUGGAUGAAUCGAUCGUUCCGCUGCUGGCGAAAGCGGCGGCUGUUGCUGUUGCACCGGUUAAUUUCUCUCCGAGGUCGUGUCAAGAAGCUCUGGACAGCGGCCUGCCGGAAUACAAAGACUCUGGCAUGUACUGGAUCGAUCCCGAUGGACUGGGAAUCGGCGACGGCUCCAUUUACGUCUACUGCGACAUGACAACAGGAAUCACGGCCGUGGGGCACAAUAGCGAAUCGACCAUUUCCAUUCCAAAGUGUCCCGAAGCCGGCUGUUACUCAAGGCCGAUCGUCUACACGAACGCAACCAUCCGGCAGUUGAGGGCCUUAGCCGAGAUUUCAUCCGAAUGUUACCAAUCCAUUCAAGUGAAUUGUGUCGGAGCGCCUUUCACGUUGAAUAACGUUGAUUACGCCUGGUGGAAUGACAUCAACGGAGAAAAGCGAAACUUUUGGUCUGGUGCCGAUGCGACCGCACACACGUGCCAGUGCGGUAUCGACGGCAAUUGCAUCCGCGCCGAUCUGAAAUGCAACUGCGAUGCCAACGUGGCCGUCUCGCUCUCAGACAAUGGAGAAAUUACCUUGAAAGAGAUACUGCCCGUGACGCAAUUGAAUUUCGGCAAAACGAGCUACAACGGUGGCAGCCACACCCUGGGCAAGUUGGAGUGCGUCGGGAAAUCGAGCGCCGACCUUCCGAUUCCAACGUCGUGCACGGAUUUGUGGAGAAUUGGUCACGUUCUGAAAGGGCUCCACCCCGUCCGCAAAGGCAAAAAAGUCCAGCUCGUCUACUGCGAUUUCUCAUUAGGUCAAGACGUCAAGGAAACGCAGAUCGGCUACGUCGAUGUCAAAACUGAGCCCAUUGCAUUCUACGCCCAGAGCACCAAGAAUUUGACAGCCGCAACGGCCGACACGCUCAUCGGAUACGAUGUGAUGAAACUGAUGAACGGGACCGCCAUGAAUGUCACAACUGGAUUGUUCACGGCCCCCAGACCGGGCACUUAUGUAUUUGGGUUCUCCGGAGUCGAUUUGGCUGGCUUCAAUGACAUGGUCAUCAACAUUUACAAAAACGAUCAAUUAACUAAGGAACUGAUCGGUUCCGGAGGGCCAGUCGGAGGACCGGCCAAUCACGGCACUGCGGCCAUUCCGUUCGUUCUGCAUCUGGAGGAAAGCGACACGAUCCGAGUUUUCAUUGCCGACGUGAAUGGAACACUUUACAGCGAUCCAUUGCGCCCGAUGACCCAUUUCACCGGUUUUCUGUUGGAGGAAGAUAUUUUCCCUUGAGCGGAAUGUGUAUGCGCUUUGUUGUAGCAACGCCCAGUCGGGUGUAAAAAAAAAAUGGUUAACGAUGGAACGCAAAAUAGAAUGCAUUGUGUAGUGUAUAUGUGUGUAUGGAGAUCACUUUUUUGUGUAGGUUUGCACUCGACUUGGAAAUCUGCAAGGUCGUUUUAAUUAUCCACCGUAAAAAGUUCUCCAGGGUGGACCUGCAAAAAAACUACAAGAAACAUUAAGCUCAAUUCCCCUGUUGGAUUUUUGACGGUCUUAACAUUCACUCUGCCGACACAUUAAGCUGUGUGCGCGUUUCGUAGGAAAAACCCAAUGGGAAUUUUUUUUCUUUUGAAAUUUGAAGUUUCUGGAAUGACAGCCAGGGGUGCCACUUGUUCGCUGUCAUAAAACUUUUUUUAUCUUUUUUUUUAAAUUCUAAACAAGUAAAAUAACUAUGAAAUUUUUUAUUAUAAAGCUAUCUAAUUUCCUUUCUCAUAAUCGAAUGUUUAAAACGAACUAUUGAUAAAAUAUUUGGGAAAUCCAUACCACCACAUCCGGUUUCUGUCAAACAAAUGAAAGCCGAAAAGCGCUGUGAUACAUCCGUCUGCAAGCAACUGCGUCUAUCGCGUUGGACGCCUCAUGUCAGCGAGGCGACGCCAUCAGUCAAGCCGAGAUUUUCUGUGCAUUUGGGAGGCAGAAAUCUCAGUCUUAGGGGAAAUUGAGGCAAGUUAAUUGUACACACCCAAAAAAACCGUUGGAAAACGCCGGUCCGGGUGUGAAGAUGAGGUUGUGCUGGAACUGGUUAAUUGGAGAGGUCCAACUUGGAAUACUUUUUCAAGAUCGGUAGAAUAGAAAGGGUACAUUCCAUGCUGUGAUUUCGGACUUUUCCUUGCAACAUCGUAGAAGAGCUUUAAAUACUUUAAUAAUUUAUUUUUGAUUUUUUGAUUGUAGAAAUAUUUAAAAACUUUUUUAAACAG